AGGAGGAGGUCCUGACCGAAAAACACCGACCAGAAAAAAAAGGAAAAGAAGAAGAAAAAGUAACGGACCGAGGGCAGCUAUUAUUAUUAUGUUUGUACUUCUCCCCUCACAGUCUUUAACGACUCAGAAAAAAACAACUACUAGCAACAACAACUAGCUGACAAAAGCCGCGGCGGAUUAAAGUUGUUUGUACUCGGGAGUGAAGUUGGGAAACUACGGGAUGAAAAUGGAGAGCCCAGCUGAGUGAGAGUGGGGUGAGGAGGCUGGGUUUGGCACUAAAAAAAAAAAAAAAGAAAAAGAAAAAGUUGGGAGUCCUGCCCUGCUGUUAGCAGGCUAGUUAGCAUGCUAAGACAACUUCGCUGUCUCGGAUGAGUUAAGAGCUUCCCCUCCGCCGUUCUCCAGCCUGCGAUUCUCCGGGGGAGCUGCUGUAGCUGUGGCAAGACCGCUGCCGACAUUGCAGCUUUUCCCCAAUGGAGCGAAGCAUACUUGACAAUCAGAUUUUCUGCUGAAGUUCUGCAUUAAUCCCGAGGAUGACUUUCCCUUAAAGGCACCCCUACUCCUAUUUUGUUUUAGAGAAGCUGGAUGCUCCUGGCAAACCACUCCUCUCCCUUGUUGAAUAUUUUUUUUUCUGCAUAUUACACUAUCUGGGUAUCCUUGGUACACUCCUCGAGGGGGUUUGAUGUACCUUCUGUCAACUGAACCUUUUGUAGACACCUCAUAAAUCUCCUCAGCCGAUCGUUCAAGGAUCCAUACGGACUGGUAUUUUGUAUGCAUAUUACACUAUCUCAGUAUCCUUGGUACGUUCCUGGAGGGGUUUACGUACGCCACCCGGCAACCAUCCUUUGGUAAAGGCCAGACGAGUAGUAACCAAUCAUUUUUGUGCUGUGAGGAUCCAUACUGACUCUACUUGUGAGAUCUUAAAUAUUUUUUUUCUGCAUAUUACACUAUCUGGGUAUCCUUGGUACAUUCCUCAAGAAGUUUGAGAUACCACCUGUAAAUUGAACCUUUGGUACGGACCUUAUAAGUUUCCUCAACCAAUCAUUUUUGUGCUGCCAGGAUCCAUACAGACUAUUUUUUUUUUCAGCAUAUUAUACUUUGAGUGUCCUUGGUACGUUCAUAAAGGAGUUUGAAGUUUCGCAAACCGACCAACUCUUUAGUACAGACCUUAUAAAUGUCCCCAACAAAUCAUCUUUUGUGCUUGGAGGAUCCAUAGUGAUUGUCAUGGUAUUUUUCUGCAUAUUGUCUGAUAUGGGACCUUGGUACGUUCCUCUAGAGGCUUGAGCUACCGCCUCCCUAAGCACCAAAGAACGCAGCAACAAAAGUUGGAGUUUGUACACAGCGUUGCUCAAAAUGUAUUCAUGAACUCUGGGGAGUUUCUAAACUGGACUUUGUUGUAUUCAUGAACUGUGACUGCUGAUGCCAACUCAUUGGGACUUGAGUGGGUGUAAUCAGCUUUAUUCAUGAGCCCAUCUCAGUCUGGGUGCAGCCUGGAUGUCGGAUGUCCUGAGUGUGUCGAAUCAGCUGUUGCGGUGAUGAGGCAGGGCUCUCGGUGGCCUGUGUGGCUGGCUGGGCAGUGGCCCAAGGUGAUGUGAUGAGAUGGGGUGCCGGAACAGUAAGGUCCUCCCUGAGCCUCCAGGGGACGUUCAAUUGGACCUGGUCAAAAAGGUUGAUCCUCCCCCACCUCCUCAGACAGAUAUCUAUAAGCACUUCAUACGAGGGGAUGGCACUGGAAGCAAGACGGGCGUGGCCAGCGGAGGGGCAGGCGACAAGGCCGACUUCGCCUCCCCGUGUCAGGCGCAGGCCCAAGCUGCCACUCCCACCGCUUCAGCCCAGGCCCCCAAGGAGCCGUCCGAGCUGUCGGACCCUCAGCGGAAGAAAGUGGCGAAAUACAGGGCCAAGUUCGACCCCCGCGUCACGGCCAAGUACGACAUCAAAGCUCUGAUAGGCCGCGGGAGCUUUAGCCGGGUGGUCCGGGUGGAGCACAAAAGCACCCGGCAGCCGUACGCCAUCAAGAUGAUCGAGACCCGUUACCGGGAGGGGAGGGAGGUGUGCGAGUCGGAGCUGUGCGUCCUGCGCCGGGUCCGUCACACGAACAUAAUCCAGCUGAUGGAGGUGUUUGAGACGGCGGAGCGGGUCUACAUGGUGAUGGAGCUGGCCACCGGCGGGGAGCUCUUCGACCGGAUCAUCGCUCGCGGCUCCUUCACGGAGCGCGACGCCACCCGGGUCCUGCAGAUGGUGCUGGACGGCGUCAAGUAUCUCCACACUUUGGGGAUAACUCACCGAGACCUGAAGCCGGAGAACCUGCUCUACUACCACCCCGGGGCCGACUCCAAGAUCAUCAUCACCGACUUCGGUUUGGCCAGCAGCAGAAAGAAAGGAGACGAGUGUUUGAUGAAGACGACCUGCGGCACUCCGGAGUACAUCGCCCCCGAGAUCCUGGUGAGGAAGCCCUACACGAACGCCGUGGACAUGUGGGCGCUGGGAGUCAUAUCCUACAUCCUGCUCAGUGGAACCAUGCCUUUCGAGGACGACAACCGCAUGAGGCUCUACCGGCAGAUCCUCAAGGGGAAGUACAGCUUCUCUGGAGAGCCGUGGCCCAGCGUGUCCAACCUGGCCAAAGACUUCGUGGAGCGCAUUCUGACGGUGGACCCCAGCGAGCGCCUGACGGCCGGUCAGGCCCUCAAGCACCCGUGGAUCGUCAGCAUGGCGGCCUCCUCGUCCAUGAAGAACCUCCAGCGCUGCAUUUCUCAGAACCUCCUGAAGCGUGCGUCGUCGCGCUGCCACAGCACCAAGUCGGCCCAGUCCACCCGCUCCAGCCGCUCCACCAAAUCCAACAAGGCGCGGCGGGUGCGGGAGAAGGAGCUGCGCGAGCUCAACCGUCGCUAUCAGCAGCAGUACAACGGCUGACGCGGGGACUUGCCAGACAGAGACUGUGGCGGCCGAGUGACUGGACCUUUACCACCGAGUUGCUGCCAGUGUUAAGAGGCCAAAAAAAUGGCUUCAAGUCCCAAAUUACUGCUUCAAAAUGAGGACAAUGACUUGACUGAGUUGUGCUUGUAACAGCAGGACGUUGAUAAGUAACUGCUUCCAUUGAGUCAAGAAGACAAAAAGAAGUCAUUGAACUCUGGUGGCAGCCUGUCUCCUGACGAGAACUCACCGCACACCAGUAAAGUAUUUUGCUGCAGCAGUUACAGCAUCUCUCCAUCCAUUCCUUCACCUUUUAUUAUGUUUUUUUUUUUUUCCACUCCUUUUUCCUUGUGUUCCUUCAAUUCCUGUGUUGCUACAUAUUUAUUUAUUAUUGUUGACGUUAGACAUUAUUAGUCUCCAUUCAGAUGGUCACUGGAUAAUGACCUUACCACACGGAUCUGUUGAACAGAGUUCUGGAUACUGACAUUUCUAAGAAGAAAGAGAGAGAGAGAGAAGAGAAAAAAAAAAAAAACGGGGGUGGAGGGGGAAUCAAAUCCUUCCCUCGCUCAUUUCUGAUUGAAAAUUGCUGUGAAUUUAUUAUUGUACUAAAUGUACGGAGCUUGUCUUGAGAUAUGGGUAAAUCAUAUCACACUGCAACGUAAUCACAACAUCAAAGGCCGAAAUGAAAAGAAGGCGUUUUUUUUUUUUUUUUUUUUUUUUUUUUUUGGGAUAAUUGUCAUUUCCAAAGCUUAUCUAAUCUUGCCAUUAUUACUGCUCUGUUGAUAUUCCAAAACUGUCAAAAGAUUGUGAAGCUGUUUUGUGUCGGUGUUUAAUCUUAAUUGUAUUUGCAUUUGACAAAAAUAGGUCACGUUCCCCUUUCACAGAGACAUCUAAUGAGCCUGUCACGUUACAUAGCAGUAUUCUGAUUUAUUGUAGUUUUCUGGUUGGUUACACCAGCACCAAGGAAGGAAAGAAACCCAGAAACCAGCUCUAAAUAAGUUCGUUUUAAUGGGACUGCACUCAAGGUCAAACUAAAACAGGCUGCACCAUUAAAACUAAUUCUCACAUAUUAGAUGUUGCUGAAUAUUUACAGCCAGUAUCAGAGGAAAUGCUAUGAAAUGCUACUACUUUUUUUGACGUAGCUGACGUUGCUGAUAUCCAGUGUAUAUAUAUGGUGAAGAGUUAGGGGUGAACAAAACACUGCUUAACACUAAAACUUUAAAUUACAUUCCACAAAAGUUACGCUGAUAAAAGCAGACCAGUUUACAAUGCAUCCAAUUUGUCACCACACAUUUGGACGUGAUCUGAUCCAAAUGUCUUAAUCAGCAGCACAAACACACAAUGCACCUGUUCAAAUAACUUAACAGCCGCAACUAUUGGGACCAAUUGUUCAAUGCCUGCACAGUAAUUAAGCACGGAACUGAGAUCCGAUCACUUGGGACGCAUUUUAAUACCACCUAGUCCACUUCUGUUAGCGUAACACUUUCUAAUUCAAUGUGUGUUGUGUUGUUUUUGAGAAAUAUAGUUUUAAAUCAUUAGAAAACCGCUUUAGGUUUGCACCGUGUUGGCAUUCUCUGAUCGUUCAAGGCUGCAUGAAAAGUAAUGAUGCAAAUAUAACAAAAUCACCUAUUUUUUGUCUGUAAAACCAACUCUUAGAACUUAUAUUACAGGUUGUGAUGUCUGAACAAGCAGUACGAAGACAUUUUUAAUGGUGCAACCCAGUUUAGUAAAUCUCUGGUUUAAAGCUAGCUGGUUGGUUAAACGUAGGGAGGUCAUGAACUUAAAUCGGUGCCACUUUUCCUCACUGUUCUGUGUUCCUGCAGCAUCUGUGAGCUGUUUGCGUCGAUCAUCUGUGGUGUGUGCGUCCAGGUUGCAGCAGGGUGAGUGGUAGAAUUUGGCUUAGAAAAUGGGGAUAAAACCCAAGGGACGCUAUUCAGCUUCUGAGAACGACACCUUUGGCUUUAAAGCUAGCGGAACAGAGAUUAGCUCGGAGAGGAGGGGAAUUGGUUCCAGCUCAUUUCUUUAGAUGUCGCCGUUUGCGCGAGUACAGUAGCUUUGAGCUUGAACAGCUGUUUAAGUUGUAAACAAAAAAACUCCGGAAUGAAGGAGGCUGCUCGAGAUCAAGGAGCAAUCAGAAGUUAACGGAUAUGAUUUUACAGUGUUAUGAUUUACAAAAGCUAGCACAUGCAACUGUGUUUUUUUUUUUUCUUCUGUACGAGCACUUAAUUCAGAAUAAAUUCCAAAUCUUUACUAAGAAUAGAGAAUAGAACUCUAGUUGAUCAGAUCUGCAAAAUAAAAGUUUAAAAGCCACAUCUCUGGCCUUUGUACGUGGAUGUUUAGCAUCCUUCCACAAUGAGAAGUAUUAUGAUUACUGCACAGCUCAGAGAUGUUUUAAUAGAAUAUCAAUAGAGACGUAUUAGUGAUGUGGUAAAUCUUAAAAACUACUGCACUACAGUGAAGUGUUUUCUCAGCCUAGUUAAUUUUCAAGUGAUUCCACACUAAUCGGUCGACAAAUAAUUUCUUCCCAAAUAUAGCACAAUUUAAAAAGUAUUAUUUCUUUCCUUUUUUGCUAUUUUUCUGUCUGGCAAAGCACUUCAUGUACAGAGUUUGAUUGAAUUCAGUGUUUUUUUUUUGUUUUUUUUAUUGUAUUUUCUCCCAGAUUAAAUCAGAUGUUACAGUGUGAUCUCUCUCCCUCUUCGCCUUCAGAAUAUUUUUGCUGUGAUCCACCCCUGAAUUAAAAAGUAUGCUGUCGUUGUGAACAUUUUUUUUUUUUUUUUUUUUUUAACGUGUACUGGAAACCUAAUCGAGCCAUGUCAGCUGACCUCAGUUUUACUUAUUUUUUUUUUCUUUUCUCUGUGAUGCUCUUUCAUGUCUCUGAUGCAACUCUUUCCAUUUUCUUUGAUGUACGUGUACCUUUUUUUUUAUUUUUAAAUCUGUUCUGUUGUCCCACUGCUGUUGUCUGUCCUGAAUAUCUAAAAGACCUCAAGUAAAGUGAGACUGUCGAUAGAACUGGUAUCAUAACCAAAAUGUGUCAUUUCAGCGUCAAAUGCACCCGCUGCAGGCCUUAAAGAGUGCAUUUAAAACAGCUGUGGUCUUAAAGACGUAGUUUUUUGGUGAAGGAUCUCUUCAGUUUUUUAUUCUUCACUUCUGCAACAUUGCAACAGUAACAGUAGUUAGUUAAUUUUCAACAGCUUAGCAUCUAUGUGAAAUCGAACCUGCUUUUUUUUUUUUUUUUUUAUUUCAAAAAUCACAAAAUUAUCAUUUGGACUCAUAGGUAGUCGGUUGAGUUGCCUGUCGUGUCCCGCGUUCGCUGAUUAACCAGAUCAGUUUGUUUUGCAGAAUGUCAGCACGUUUUGUUUUUUGUAAUGUACAGUGUCUGUUUGAUUUUAUAUAAAUGCUGUCGCUCUAAAUGAAGUAGCCAACUCAACUCAACACUGUUACCUGAAAACAGUUGUUCCUCUUGUGUUGUUGUCUGUCGAAAUGAAGGAUAACCCUUUUGAUUCCUCUACCAUUAACUUUUUUUUUUUUUUUUAAUGGUGACUCGUUUGUGCCAAUAAAGCACUCGAACCUGA